AUGUUGCUGCUCGCCUCCCACUGUUCAGGUGGAAGAGGGGGGUUGACCUCUGACAGUCAGGUGGAAGAGGGGGAGCUGUCUUCUGACAGUCAGGUGGAAGAGGGGGAGCUGUCUUCUGACAGUCAGGUGGAAGAGGGGGAGCUGUCUUCUGACAGUCAGGUGGAAGGAGGGGAGCUGUCUUCUGACAGUCAGGUGGAAGGAGGGGAGCUGUCUUCUGACAGUCAGGUGGAAGAGGGGGAGCUGUCUUCUGACAGUCAGGUGGAAGAGGGGGAGCUGUCUUCUGACAGUCAGGUGGAAGGAGGGGAGCUGUCUUCUGACAGUCAGGUGGAAGAGGGGGAGCUGUCUUCUGACAGUCAGGUGGAAGAGGGGGAGCUGUCUUCUGACAGUCAGGUGGAAGAGGGGGAGCUGUCUUCUGACAGUCAGGUGGAAGAGGGGGAGCUGUCUUCUGACAGUCAGGUGGAAGGAGGGGAGCUGUCUUCUGACAGUCAGGUGGAAGGAGGGGAGCUGUCUUCUGACAGUCAGGUGGAAGAGGGGGAGCUGUCUUCUGACAGUCAGGUGGAAGAGGGGGAGCUGUCUUCUGACAGUCAGGUGGAAGGAGGGGAGCUGUCUUCUGAAGAAUGUUCAACUUUCUCACAUGUAUACACACCACUCAGACACACUCAGACAGACACCACACUCAGACACCACACUCAGACACCAUUUUCAGACACCACACUCAGACACCAUUUUCAGACACCAUACUCAGACACCACACUCAGACACCAUUUUCAGACACCAUUUUCAGACACCAUACUCAGACACCAUACUCAGACACACCCAUUAUUAAAAGUAAUUUAAUGUCAUUUAAUUUGAUUUCUCGUUUAGA